ACGAUGGGACCUUGAUGGCGCUGACAUUCAUGCGGAUAAAGUAUGAAUUAACAGCACCAACUCUAACUUUACUUACUUGCCAAUUUUAUGAAGUUUACACCCGUGUGCUUUGCUUCUUUGGCAUAGUCUGAAAACAGUUCAAUUUUUAAUAAAAACUAAGCCAAAACUCUUUCUUACACAUAAAACUUUCAAACUGUUCCCAUCAUAAGCAUUAGGGAGAUCUGCGAAGUGUGCAGGUUAUUUGUCCAGCAAUUAUUUCGGUUAAAGCAAAUCGUUAGGAAUGGUAAUGGAGGCUCCCCCAUCACCCCAAAGUGUAGGAAGAGAGUUUGUGAGGCAGUACUACACACUGUUAAACAAAGCACCCACCCAUCUUCACAGAUUCUACAACCAUCAAUCAUCAUUCGUUCAUGGCGGAUUGGACCCACCAAACCGCGAAACCAGCCCUGUCAUCGGCCAAAAGCAAAUUCAUCAGAAAAUUCAACAGUUGAAUUUCCGGGACUGUCAUGCUAAAAUCACCCAGGUCGACUCUCAGGCUACUCUUGGCAAUGGUGUGGUUGUUCAAGUGACCGGAGAGCUGUCCAAUGCAGGUCAGCCUAUGCGUCGUUUCACCCAGACGUUUGUGUUGGCGGCUCAGUCUCCCAAGAAGUUCUACGUCCAUAAUGACAUCUUCCGUUACCAAGAUGAGAUCAUUUCCGAUGAGGAAUGUGAUGAUGGCGUUCAUUCUGAACCUGAGGAAGAAGUUUCCACUGGGCAAGGAAUUGUUGAACACCAACCAACAAUAACUCAGGCGGCUAUAGCUCCAUACUACAAUCCAAAUGCAGCCCAGUUGCAGCCUAGUAUUCCGGCUGUCCCAAUUCACCACAACCAGCAACCCCCACCACAUGUAAUGAACCCACCGGUACCAACUGUCAAUGGAGCUAUUCAUCCAGAUGAAAUUAACGUUAUGCAAGGACAAGUUCCAGCUCAUGUUCCCGCUCCUCAAACUCAAGGAAUCGGAACUACUCUUCCAACUAUGCAACAACAAGGACUCGGCCAAACACCCAUCCCACAACCACCAAUCGAAGAACCUGAGCCACCCAUGGAGGAUUUGGUUGAGGAACCUUUGGACAACAGCUACACAGAACAACCAGAAAUUGAACAGGAACAAGAUAUUGGUAUCAUUGAAUCAGGUUAUGAAAACGAUUAUAAAGACGCUUUCCCAACUUCCAAUGAACCCAAGACCUAUGCAAACCUCUUAAAAUCAGGUUCUGGUCUACCUUACUCUUCACCACCGUCUCAGACAUCAGCUAUGCCGAUGUCUCAGAAUUUGAUUCGUCCCGCAUCGCCACCAGUAUCGGGAGGAUACCAAAACUCAGGAUUGCGCUCUAAUCAGAACAAUUCAAAUAAUCGCAAUGUUUCUGGUGGAGGGCCAAGGCCAGGCCAGCAGCAAAGGAUGCCCAACAGACAAGAUUCGGGAAGAAACAGCAUGGGAGGAGGAAGAACCAUGGCUAAUGAUGAUAUGAUAUUUGAUGAAAGACGAAGAUCCCAAAGCCAAAACUUUAACGAUGUCAAUCAGUUGUUCUUGGGUAAUUUGCCCCACAAUGCCACCGAGGACGAGCUGCGAAACAUCUUUAGUGAUUACGGCAACAUCAUUGACCUGAGAGUCCACAGUAAACCCCCCAAAUCUGGAGGACCACCUGGAGCUCGUGCUCCACCCAAUUACGGAUUCAUCACAUAUGAGACCCAGCAAGCUGUGGAGAAUUGUUUGAGAGCAAAACCCAUAUACUACCCAAAAGAUGAUAAAAACGGCAUCGUUCUCAACGUUGAAGAGAAAAAGAUGAAAGGCCCCUCUUACGGAGGCGGUCGUCCCUUGGGAGGUGACAACAGAGACAAUAGAGAUAACAGAGACAACCGAGACCGAGACAACAGGAGCGGUCGAGGCGACAACGGCAGUCAACGAAGAGGCAUGGGAGGCGGCCCCGGGGGCGUAAACAGGAACAGCAGCGGCGGCCCCGGCGGUCCACAAGGCCCCAACAACAGAACGAACACAUACAGCAACAGAAGUUCGGGUGGAGGGCCUCCCAACCGGGGCGGACAGAAUGCCUACAACCGCCGCUAGUAGUCCGCCCCCCCUCCCCCGUCGUGACUGAGUGACUGACAUUGCCGCGAGUUGCUCUAGUUUGUGUGCAAGAGGAGUAUACUGGCGUGAAAUAGUGAGAAAAAUAUCGGAGCCGUGUUACUUUUGAAAUAAAAAAUAUAAACGUUAGUGCCAAUUGUGAACGAUGAGCUGAAAAGUUUAUUUACUUUGAGCCUCGCCCGCGACCAUUCUAAAGAAGCCAAUCUCUCUUACUAGUAGUUAUUGUAUUUAUUUUGUAGUCUAUCCCAAACUGCUGGCAAACUUAAAGCUUUUCUAUCUUUCUACAACAGUUUUAGAAAUAUACAGGGUGUUAGUAAAUAAGUAUGAAAUUUUUAAGGGCUUAUUCUACAUGAAAAAACAAUGCCGGUUUGCUCUAUAAACAUAUGUCCGCAGAUGCUUCGUUUGCAAGAUACGGGGUGUUGAAAUUUUUAUUUCAAACUGCCAAUUUAUUUAUUGCUCUAAGACCAGUUGAGCUAUGAAAAUAAAAUUUGGUGAGUUUUAGGAGGUAGUUAUUGCGCAUUUUUUGACAUACAAUUAAGAAUUUUGUAUUCAUCAUUAACGCGCAUACGGGUAAUAGUCUGAAUUUUUUAAAGAGAAAAAUAGUACGCCACUGAGAUAUUUCAAACUAAAAAUUAUUUUUAAAUUCCACGUUUAAUUUUUGAUAAAAAAAUCUUUCUUGCCUUUUUUUCCUAUGAUGCACCGUUUUUAUGCAGAAAAAUAAAACAUCUUGCCCCGUAUUUUUCAUUUCUCAAUACAUCAUCAAGAACUAUCCAAUAUAAUAAUACUAAACUAGAACAAUAACAGAAAAUAUUACUAAUACGAUUUCAACUAGGUGCAAAGCUGCAAAAAAUGUUUAAAAUGAUCUCAUUUACAGAAGAAUUUUAUACAUUACAGGUAACAGAAGAAUUUUAUAUUCAUAAUUGGCGCGCGUACAAGUAAUGGUCUGAAUUUUUUGAAGAAAAAAAUAGUACGCCACUGAGAUAUAUCAAACUAAAAAUCAUUUUUGAAUUCCUCGUUCAAUUUACGACAAAAAAUCUUUCUUGCCUUUUUUUUAUAUGAGGCGCCGUUUUUAUACAAAAAAAUAAACCAUCUUUACGCUUACAAAGUAUUUGAGGUAGUUUCCAUAUUAUGCGUAGAAACUUAGUUCAAAUACUUUGUAAACGUUAAGAUGUUUUAUUUUUUUACAUAAAAACGGCGCCGCAUGUGAAAAAAAGGCAAGAAAGAUUUUUUGUCGUAAAUUGAACCAGCAAUUCAAAAAUGAUUUUUAAUUUGACAUAUCUCAGUGGCGUACUAUUUUUCUCUUAAAGAAAUCAGACGACUACCCGUACGCGCGCCAAUGAUGAAUAUAAAAUUCUUCUAUAACCUCUAAAGGAGGUCAUUUUUAACAUUUGUUGUAACUCUGCACCUAGUUAAAAUCUUAUUAGUAAUAUUUUCUGUUAUUGUUCCAGUUUAGUAUUAUAUUGGAUAUUUCUUGAUAAUGUAUUAAAAAAAUGAAAAAUACGUGUAAAGAUGUUUUAUAUUUCUGCAUAAAAACUAUGCACCAUAUGAAAAAAGACAAGAAGGGUUUUUUAUCAUAAAUUAGACGUGGAAUUUAAAAAUAAUUUUAAUUCGAAAUAUCUCAGUGGCGUACUAUUUUUUUCUUUAAAAAAAUUCAGACCAUUACCCGUAGGCGCGCCAAUGAUGAAUACAAAAUUCUUAAUUGUAUGUCAAAAAAUGCGUAAUAACUACAUCCUAAAACUCACCAAAUUUCAUUUUCAUAGCUCAACUGGUCUUAGAGCAAUAAAUAAAUUGGCAGUUUGAAAUAAAAAUUUAAACACCCCGUAUCUCGGAAACAAAGCAUUUGUGGACAUAUGUUUAUAGCGCAAACCAGCAUUAAUUUUUCAUAUAGAGUUAGCCCUUAAAAUUUUUCAUACUUAUUUACUAACACCCUUUAUAUAACCUACAAUAUAUAAAAAAUAAAUAAAUACAUGUACUAAUAUAUCAAAUUCAAAUUAAAUUGACAAACGUGGACAAAAAUCCAUUAUUCCUAAGUAUUUUAAUGAUAAAGCGAUAAACAAACUUUAAAAAAUUUUUUCUUUCAUUUAAGCUCCAAGAGACAAUAGGAUAAAUAUAUCCUUCAUGUAAUGUUCAAUUUUAUAAAUACAUAUUUGUUUUUCAUUGUUUAUGGAGAUUCAUUUAACUUUGUGAUUUUAGCUUGAAUGAAAUUAGUGGGACAAUGAGAAUACUCCGAGGAGAAUGUACAUGGUAAAAUUUGUCAGUUGUUUGGGAUUAACAUUUGUUUCUCACUUUGUACUUAUUGGCUGUGUUUCUAUAUGAUAAUUUAAGGGUUGGUUCGGAGGUUCCUUGACGUUUAGAAUGGCAGAUUGACACGUACCAGUCUUUAGGACUCGUGCGUGUUGCAUUCGUUUUGAAAUCCUUGUCAUAACUCGAGUUUUGUUUCUGUUUCUUUGUUGAAAUAGAAAGGAGAGAGGAAAAUUCUUUUGCGGUAUUUUAUUUACUUAUUGUUUUUUUUUAAAGAAUGAGAAAUGUUUGUUCAGCUAACAGAGUUGUUCCUAAAUCGAUAGGUGUCUUUAAUCUACCAUGUAUGGGUAUUUUUUUUAUAUUUAAUUAAAUAAUUCUUAAUUGUGAAAGUGAUACUAGCUGGAAAUUUCACCAAUAAGAAAUUAAAUCUUCUUUAACAGUG